UGUCCAUCAGUGCCAGCUGUCAGUGCUGAACAGUGCCACGUGCCAGUGCCCAUCAGUGCCACCAAUCAGUGCCAGUCAGUGCCACCUAUCAAUGCCACCUAUCAGUGCUGCCAAUCGGUGCCACCUAUCAGUGCUGCCAAUCAGUGCUACCUAUCAGUGCCAGUCAGUGCUGCCUAUCAGUACCCGUCAGUGCCGCCUAUCAGUGCCAGUCAGUGCCGCCUAACAGUGCCAGUCAGUGCCACCUAUCAGUGCCAGUCAGUG